CUCUGUACUAGGGCCCCAGGCUGAGUGGAGUGAGGGGUUGUUAUUGUGUCUCUGUACUAGGGCCCCAGGCUGAGUGGAGUGAGGGGUUGCAGCACCAUGUAAAGCCUGAUCAUGUUGUGGUACAGGCCUUCUCUGCUGCGGCUGCUCUGGGACCCUGUGUUCUAGUUCUGGACGGACUAGACAGACUUACCGGGACCCUCGGGCUCUCAAUGCAGGAGGUGAAGGACCUAUGCUGGCUCCCGGACCCUCUGCCUCCCCAGUGUAAGAUCCUCAUCACAGCGACCUCCACAGACGUCACCUACCAGAGGCUGACCCUCCGCCCAGACGUUCACACCCUCCCCUGGCCCGGCCUAUCAGACCCCUGGGUCCGCCRCAGCGUMCUGCUCCAACACCUUACCCUGCCCUGCCAGGAACCGCACAGGACCCUACUGCAAUUCAUCUUGGGAACCACUACAAGGCUGGGAAUGGGCCACCUGCCGCUGUUCCUGGCGGUGGUGGCUAGCGAGCUGCAGACGUGCCGCAUCCUGAGGGGAAAGGAGGAGGAGGAGGAGUUGAUAGAGGAGUAUGUGGAAGUGGAUUCUAUGGCAGAGCUGUGGGCCAGGGUGAUUCAGCGCUGGAUCAAUGACUAUGGCGGGGUCAGUGAGGAUACGGCCAGUCCAGCCAAAGGAACAGGAGGACCUACCUCUCAGGUGUCCAACAUAGAUCUCAGAGGCUGGGUAUGGGACACUCUAUGCCUGGUUCACCUCUCCCAUGCUGGGCUGACUGAGGAGCAGGUCCUAGUCCUGCUGGAGGUUCUUGGUUAUCCUGGGUCCAUACGGGUUCUACCUCUGGAGUGGGCCCGGUUCCGCACUGCUGCUGGGCCCUGGGUACAGGAGAGACCCAAUGGAACACUGAGCCUUACCCAUCAAUCAAUGGGCCAAGCCAUGRACCUCCUCCUGCUGAGGGUCCGUCCCGGUAAAGGUUCAGGGGGCUUGAGGAGGACCAGACGGGGCUACCAUCUCAGCCUGGCCCAGUUCUUCCAGAGGCAGGGCAGGGAGCUCUGUAGCUGGCCUCAGAUCCUGGAGGAGCUCCCCUGGCACCUGGAGCAGAGUGAGGCCUGGAGGGAGCUACACACCUUCUUCAUAGAUCCACAGACUGUAGAGCACCUGUCUACAACUUGGAGCCAGUCUCCUCAGCUGAGACUGGAUGUUGUCAGGUACUGGACUCUCCUGAUCCUCAGAGGUUAUGACCCCUACACCUCGUACCAGAGCCUGCUGGGUAAGGGAAGCCACCCUCUUACUUUUAUCCAAUCAGGGCGAUGGGCAUUCCCUCCUGCUACACAUACAGAGCAGAGAGAGGUACACAGCAACAUGGCCUUCAUGACUGAGGCCCAAAGUGACGGCAAAGAAGAUGGUUGUCAGUGGGAUCCAGGUGUGAAAGGGAGAGUGGAGAUGUUGGUCUCUGAGUUGCUGCUCUGUCUGAACAGGAAGGGGGAAGCAGAGCAGAUCCUACUGCAGGCUGAGAACACCCUCACACAGGCUGGUGAGCAGGACAGAGACAGGGAGAGUGUGAUGUUACUGCUGACAGUGCGUCAGACUUUGGCUGAGCUCUAUGUGGAGACGGACCAGCACAGAGAGGCAGAGACAUACUGUAGAUCAGCUCUGGAGACCGCCCAGACUCUCACCACUACCUGCCUUGAGAGACAUGAGAGAAUCACUGUUAGAAAGGGUCAGUUGCUUUGUGUACUCUGCCAGCUKCUGUUUGCAGAUGUCCAAACCGUCGAGGCCUCUCAGAUACUCAGUGACAUCAUCAAUAUGGGACACCACAAACUCCACCUGUGUGCUGAGGCCACUGUAUCACUGCUCUGUGGGAUCCACAGACUCAGCCUGCWAGACCCACAUGGUGCUGAGAAGCACCUCCAGGUUGCCUUGAAGACCAGGAGGCGCUGGUAUGGUAAAGAACACCCUCUAGUGGUGGAGGUGGAGGAGUGCCUGGCAGACGUCUUGGCCGACACCUGCGCUGACACAGCAGGGUUGAGGCAGAGGCUAGCAGUGGAGCUGUAUCGACACACGGUGCACGUCAAAGACCAGGACAUGAAGCUUUGUUCCCCCACAUCGCCACUUCUUCAGGCGAAGGGAUGCAGCCUCGCAGGCACCUUGGUCAAACUUGGCAGGCAGAUAUUUCAUGGCUCCGGUAAGACAGAGAGUAGAGAGGCUGUUGAACUGCUGCAGAGAGCUCUGGACCUGUAYAUCUGCUUCCUGGGGUCUGAUCACACACUGACCAGGGACUUACAACAGCUUUUAAACACAGAAUCCAGGAGACCUCUGACCCCUCGGGUCCCCAGGUCCAGACCCCUCUCCCACCUCUCCACUACGAGACUAAGCAGUGGGACCAGACCCAACACAGCCGCACCCCUCCACUCCCACCUGGCCUGGUACAGGGGCACCACACACACCCCUCUGGACCCCUCUGUAAACAGAUCCCUGUCAGCCCCAUCCAACAAGUCCCGCAAUACACAGCCAGAAUUGAAACCAGAACCAGUGGAGUACCAGAACCACAACAACAGACAGAACCGACUGUCUUCUUCUCCCAGGCCCCGGUCUGCCUUCCAGACCACAGUGUUCGGGCCACAGAGUGACAUCAGAAACCUGAUCUCAGAACUCAAACCCAGACCUGCUUCAGCACCGGGCUUUCGUUCCAUAGACAGGACCCGAGUGCUGCGUAGGGCAGGCUGGUGCCACCUACCAGGCAGGUACGUUCUAGAGGAACGCAYAGUAACAGCUUUGAACAGAGAGAUUGGAUCCCCUUUGCACACACAGAGAUGCACACCGCUGGUCAGACAGACAGGCCAGGGACAGGGAGGAGAACAGAGCUGGAGAGACAGAGUGUCUUAWUCUGCCAGGAAGCACUAGAGAGAAGAGAAAGAUCUAGAGAAGACUGCUCUCAUGGUGACCACUGAACUGUUUGAGUGUUUAAUCUUUUACCACUUUUGAUACCAAUCAGCUGUUUUCUUUUCAAUAUUGAAAUUUGUCAAAAUACAUUUUUUUACAUAUAAAUUUAAAUAUAAUUUUUGCAUGUUUAAAUGGAGUGAAAUGGCCCCUAUUUUGUUCAGAAAAUAAAUUAUUUGACUUCACUUCAUGUUGUCAAAUGAAUCGAUACUUUUUUGUUUUCUGUAGGGUUGCAUCUAAAUAUUGUUUAAAUGUUUUGUAAGAUGGUUUAGCUCCUCAUCCUGUUGCAACAACAUUGACCUUUUCUCUCAGAAGGCAAUACUUAUAGUAUUUCUAGGACCCAAAAGUGGGUGAUGUAAUCAACCAUUGUAAGCACUAGUAAACGAUGUGAGUGAAAGCAUUAAUUGAGCAACAUGUUACAGAUGCUGUGARGUAGGACUACGCCGGUUUGGACCUUAUCAUGUAAUGUAGAUUUUGGGUCAUGAAUUCAAAGGUGUGUGUUUGUGUAGAAUUGAGUGUAUGUGUGUGUGUCAACUUUAAUAGGGGAGGACGGGCUCGUGGUAGUGGCUGAAGCGGAAUUAAUGGAAUGGUAUCAAAUACAUCAAUACGAUCGGAAUGGUUCAUGCUGCGGACAGGCAGCGGGGUAACUGACCAAUAGGAACCCGACAGGUGUUGUGCAGAAAAUCUCCCCCCUGCCGGAAUUCUCCCYCCCUUCGGGUGAACACGCACACACUCAAUUCUUCAUUGCUGCGACUUGCUUGCUAGUUGAAAUKUCACUAGUAAUGUCUGCA